CGGAUUGAUUACCUAUCUAAUAUUGACUGUUCAGCUCGCGGACCAGCGAGCUUUAACACCACCCCAAUGAUCGAUUCAGUACCUGCUGUACUCCGAAGAUUGAAAAUAUGACACAAUAGUGGGCUACAAGGGCAAUACGCGAUCAGGCUUUGCCGCAUCGACGCCAUCCUCGUCAAACAUGCUGGUGAGUCUUUCGGCCGCGCUAAAAUAGAGAUUGAUAAGAUAAUAAACGAAUGUGCAACUUGUGAGUCAUUCACGUCGAAACCUGUGGGCGAAGCGCCGAGUGGAGGUCAGAUUAGAAAUAUCGACUGCGGGGCGCCGCGAUAGAAGCAUAGAGAUUUCGCGGAACGCGCUGCCCUGUAAUAUCCACCCUGCAUGGACCUCCGUGAGACAGAACGUUACUCACGUUCUCCUCCAUGAAAGGAGCUUGAGGCCUAAAGAAAAUGUAGUACGACAUCAGUAUCUGUAAGGGAUCAGCCGGCUAUAAUAUGCUUUUCCCCAUCGUGAAAGAGCAGAAACGACCCCUCCUCUCAAAGCUUGAGCCUGAUGUCUUCCGCAACACCCCCUACUCAGCUCGCUGUCAUCAUCCAGAAAAACAAGUCUUUUGCUGCCGACAUCGUCCCUGUUCUACGGCCAGGUGACGGUGAAAUUCUGAUCAAGGUUCACGCUGUCGCUCAAAACCCUUCUGAGUGGAGAGGAGUCGAGUACGGACUCACUGUCGCAGGUCGUGGAACAGGAAAUGACUUGGCCGGUGAGGUCAUCGCGCUUGGACCUGGUGUUGAUGGUGUAUCUAUUGGCGACCGGGUCGCCACUUUCGUGCGAGGUGGUUGGACAGACCGGCUGGGAGCCUUCCGCGAAUACGCUCUCGCUCAAGCAUCGCCUAUCCUGCACAUUCCCGAUAACGCCACCUAUGAAGAAGCAUGCACUGUCCCCCUCACGGCAUGCACUGCAGCGCUGGGGAUGGCUCGUUUGUUCGACUUCCCGCAGCCUGCACCUCUGGGACGAACAAUCCUCAUUUGGGGUGAAUCAUCCUCGCUCGGAUUGUACGCCAUCCAGCUUGCGCGCCUCUCAAAUCUGCGCGUCAUCGCGACAGCAUCGCCGAAGAACUUUGACUUGGUCCGCAGCCACGGCGCUGCUGUUGUCCUCGAUUACCGCGACCCAGAGGUGAUCGCUAAAAUUGUCACCGCCACUCAGAGUGGCGGGGUGGACUACGUCCUAGAUACCAUAUCCGAAGACGGGACUGUUAGGCUAUCGAGCAAAGCGCUGAGGGCGAAUGGCCCCAAGAAGUCCGUAGUCGUCCUUCCUGUCCCCAGCGAGGAGCUCGAUCCAAGCGUCGAGUGCCACUUUGUGUUCAUGGCUACCCUCCUCGGCAAGGAAGUCCAAUUGUUGAACACGUAUUUCCCGAUCUAUAUGCGGGAUUACAAACUUGGGACGGAUUUCUGUGCUCUCGUCGAGGAAUGGCUCAAGGAUGGCCGUUUUAAGGUGAAUCCUGUCGUUGUGCGCCCUGGUGUUUUGUAUGGGAUUCCUGAAGGCAUUCAAUUCAUGCGAGAUGGAAAGGCAUGUGAACUAUACACAUCAAACGUGUCUGGGACGAAACUUGUCUAUCGCGUAGCCGAGACAUCUGCAGCAGCUUCAAUGGAGGUGUAA